AUGAAGUUCGCAACUGUCACAUAUCUUUCUCUUCUCCUGGUGGGGGACGGCUUGGCUAUGCCUCUUUCGCCGUUCGAAAAUUCACUUGCAGUCACUGCAAGCCCGUUGUCCGAGCAGACUUUGCCUCUUACCGCUAGGGAUGCUAUUGGAGCAGUGACCCAGCGCGACCCUCGCGAGGACGCCAAGGACAGCAAGGUCAAGCGCGACCCUCGCGAGGAUGCCAAGGACAGCAAGGUCAAGCGCGACCCUCGCGAGGACGCCAAGGACAGCAAGGUCAAGCGCGACCCUCGCGAGGACGCCAAGGACAGCAAGGUCAAGCGGGACCCUCGCGAGGAUGCCAAGGACAGCAAGGUCAAGCGGGACCCUCGCGAGGAUGCCAAGGACAGCAAGGUCAAGCGCGACCCUCGCGAGGACGCCAAGGACAGCAAGGUCAAGCGCGACCCUCGCGAGGACGCCAAGGACAGCAAGGUCAAGCGGGACCCUCGCGAGGAUGCCAAGGACAGCAAGGUCAAGCGGGACCCUCGCGAGGAUGCCAAGGACAGCAAGGUCAAGCGCGACCCUCGCGAGGACGCCAAGGACAGCAAGGUCAAGCGCGAUAUUGUUGAGCAUGUGUGA